AUGGGUACUUGUGAUUAUAUGGCUUGUAGUGAUUUAGGUCAUUAUGUUUUGACACUGAGAGGAGGAGAGUUGAGGUGGAGGAAGAUCCAUUGUCCUUUUUCCCAUGCUCCUAUGUGUGAGCGGGUUUGCAUCAAUGGGGUUUUGUAUUACUUAUCUCUACGUUCCCAUGACCUCUCUUAUGUGGUUAUUUUCUUUGAUGUUAGAUCUGAGAGUUUCAAGCUCGUAAACACAGAGUGCCGUUUUAAUUGCCCUUUUCAUAUUCUGGUUAGCUAUAAGGGGAAAUUAUGUGGGAUUAGGUUGGAUUAUGAUGAUGGUUAUUAUUCUGGUGGAUUACUCCUUCAGUUGAGUAUGUGGAUUCUAGAGGAUGUCGAUAAGCAGGAAUGGUCAAAACAUGUCUACUCUUUGCCGGUUGAGAGUGAUGUUGUUAAGUUUGACCGCAAGCUUUCUGUUUCUGGGAUGACUGCUACCGGUGACAUUGUUUUGUCCAUGAUUUAUGCGUCUAAACCGUUUUACGUUUUCUACUUCAAUCCGGGAAAGAACACUCUCAAGAUUGUUGAAAUCCUAGGUGUUGGAGCUGAUAGUGAUUACAGAGUAUAUGCCUUUGUAGACUAUGUAGAGGAUCUUAGUGUUAACGGUGCAAUGCAACUCGACUCAAGCGUCCCUUUACAUUAUAAUGCGGAAGCUAGUAUCGUCGUCUAA